UUGAUUGUAAUUGUAGGUUUUCAGCUACGUGAAUAAUUGAUUAUUUUCAGAAUCUAAAAUAAAAAAAUACUAAUUUAUGAAACAAAAUUCAUAUGUAAAAAAUAAGAAAUGUCUACGCUAAGAGAACGCCAACUUAAUGCCUUGAAACAGAUGCUUAAUUUAAAUCAGCCGCUUACAAAGAAUAUAGCCAAUGAACCGACGUGGAAAAUCUUAAUAUAUGAUAGAGUUGGACAAGAUAUUAUCUCACCAUUGGUAUCUGUAAAAGAUUUGCGUGAACUAGGAGUGACUCUUCAUUUACAACUACAUUCAGAUCGAGAUUCGAUACCAGAAGUACCUGCUGUUUAUUUCUGUUCUCCUUCUGAUGAAAAUCUGGAUCGCAUUUGCCAAGAUCUCGAUAAUGGGAUCUAUGAUCAAUACCAUUUAAACUUUAUAUCACCAAUCACAAGACACAAACUUGAAGACUUAGCUGCAUCAGCUAUCCAGUCAAAUUCUGCUGUCAAUAUACAUAAAGUUUUCGAUCAGUAUUUGAACUUUAUUUGUUUGGAAGAUGAUCUUUUUAUAAUGAAGCACCAGCAAUCUGAUUCAUUGUCAUAUUAUGCAAUAAACAAAGCUGAUACUAAGGACACUGAAAUGGAAGUGAUCAUGGACAACAUUGUUGAAAGCCUGUUCUCUGUGUUUGUGACAAUGGGCAAUGUACCUUUUAUACGAAGUACUAAAGGUAAUGCUGCUGAGAUGGUUGCUAAAAAGCUUGAUAAAAAAUUGAGAGAAAAUCUUUGGGAUGCCCGAAACAAUCUCUUCCAUGGCAAUACUGGACAAGGUGGUGCAUUCAGUUUUACGAGACCCAUGUUGAUUCUUCUGGAUAGAAAUAUUGAUAUGGCAACACCUCUCCAUCACACAUGGACCUAUCAAGCACUUGCACAUGAUGUAUUGGAUUUAUCACUGAAUAGAGCAGUUGUCCCAGAAAACACAAAUGCUACAGUACCGAUUCAGAAAUCAAACACGAGGAUAUGUGACCUUGAUUCGAAAGAUCCAUUAUGGUCAGAACACAAAGGUAGCCCGUUUCCAACUGUUGCUGAGGCUAUACAAGAGGAUUUAGAUAAAUACAGGAGUUCUGAGGCCGAAGUAAAGAAACUGAAGAGCUCUAUGGGUCUCGAUGCAGAAAGCGACUUGGCUCUGAGCAUGGUCAGUGACAAUACCCAACGACUUACCAACGCGGUGAACUCAUUACCUCAACUCAUGGAAAAGAAACGGCUGAUUGAUAUGCACACUACUAUCGCCACAGCAAUUCUUAAUGCCAUUAAGUCCAGAAGAUUAGAUUCAUUUUUCGAAUUAGAGGAAAAGAUAAUGAGUAAAAGCACCGCCGUGGAAACCAAAGCGGUUAUGGAUCUUAUAACUGAUCCCAGUGCGGGUACGCCCGAGGACAAAAUGAGGCUGUUCAUUAUUUACUAUCUGUGCACGUCACAAUUCACUGACGAUGAAUAUGAGAAGUUUGUAGGAGCUCUAGUGGCGGCCAACUGCGAUGUCAAAGCCCUAUCUUACAUGAAACGGUGGAAGGGUUUCACAAAAAUGUCAAAUCAGUACGAAGGCGGCGGCACCAAAACGGUAUCCAUGUUCUCUAAACUCGUAUCCCAAGGCUCAUCCUUUGUAAUGGAAGGCGUCAAAAAUUUAGUUGUCAAAAAACACAAACUUCCCGUGAGCCGCGUAGUCGAGAGCGCUCUGAGUGGCAGCGAGAGCGCCGCCGAGCUCACGUGGCUGGACCCCCGCGCGGCGCGCACGGACUCGGCCGGUCGCGCGCGCUCCGCACGACAACAGCCGCCCACCGACGCUGUGGUCUUCCUCGUCGGCGGCGGGAAUUACAUCGAAUACCACAACCUGAUCGACUUCGCUAAGCAACAAGCAGCAAAUGGCAUACCUAGAAAACUGAUUUAUGGUGCUACAACUUUGCCAAACGGGUCCCAAUUUUUAAAACAGUUGUCGCUACUCGGAGAAGAGAUUCAAUGAACAUUCCUGAUGUAAUUCCAAUGUAAAAUAUAUUAAGUGAAAUAAAUUAUAAUAAUAUGCACUAUUUAAUCGUAAUCGGGUUGUUAGACAAUGAAAAGUAAUUCUCAACAA